UAAGGCGAAGCCCAGAAGUACGUCCCUACAAUCCAACGCGCCACUCCAUACUAACCGCGCUGUCAAGCCCCCACUCCCCCUCCUCCUCCUCCUCCUCCCCCUGCGCUGGAGGCCUCCGAUGAAAGCAGCUCCUCGGAAGAAGACGAAAGCGAUUACGAUCGUGCCUUCCAGGCCAACAUGGCAAAGGCGAAAUCCCGCUCCCUUGGCCAGCAGAGGAAUGGAUCCCCCUCCCGAUUGCACCGCACUAGCCAGAACGCUGUAAACCCCCCGUCCCCAACAAAGCGUCAGCGUGCAAACACGGCUGGAAGCUCCCGC